AUGAGCAUAGAUAAAGUAGAUAUACAGUCUAGAGCUGAGAUGAUGAAUUCUUCACACGGGUGCAUAUACAUGGGAAUUCAAUAUGAGGGGUGCAACGGCUGUCUUUUCACUCCCGAUGACAGCAUUCGGCUGGAUCUCUUUGAUAUGCUGGACGUCACAAACGAUGAACAAGCUUCUGCUAGCCAUACCGAUCUCCAGCAAUCCAACUCUGCUCCACCAUCUUCAGCUGCACAUCCUUAUCCGGUACCUCCUUCAUCACCGGCACCACCUCCUGACAGAUCCGGCCCCUCCUGCGUCAGCAAACCCUGUUCCGGCCCCUUGCGCCCCUGUUGCGUCAUCGGCACCACCCCCUGCGUCCCUGCUGCAUCACCCAGCCCUUGUCCAACCACCCUCUACGCCCCUGCUGCGUCACUGGCACCACCCCUUGCGCCCUUGCCGCGUCAACCACCCUUGCUGCGUCAUCCAUCCCCCUCCGACCACCCCGGCUGCGUCAACCACCCCCGUCCGACCAACCCUAACCCCUUUCCUAUUGCUGUUGCUGCGUCCAGAUCUUCUGCUAUUGCUGCAACCAGAUCUUCUGCUGUUGCUGUUGCUGCGACCUGCUCUACUCUUCUGCUGCAAGGACUUUCCUCACCUUUUGACUCCUGCGAUGCUCCAGCAGAUCGUGCAGGCCCUUUCUCCUGCCGGUACGUCAGGUAUAUCCUCAUCUUCUACAUGGCAACCACUCAUGAUUGUUGGAAGAAGGCUAUGGUAGAAGAACUUGAAGCAUUGGAUGAUAACCAUACGUGGGACAUUGUCAAUUGA